GAGGUGGGUUCAAGCCAUGCCCCGUUUCCCCUUCCCGAUUCCGUUUCCCGAACCGCGACUCGUGUUAGACUGGAAAAUUAUUGGGGGAAAAUAAAAACAACAGUGUCGAUUGGCGGCGGCGGCGGCGACGACGACGACGACGACAAACGGGGGGAUCUGGAUCUAUUUUGGUUCCUCUCUGAGGCAGUUGCAAUUGGAAUUGGUGGAGGAGAAGCAAACGGUUAGGAGAUGAUGAAGAAGCUCGGAUCUCGAUUCCCGGCGUUGAGAAUAAAAAAGAUAAUGCAGGCAGAUGAAGAUGUUGGCAAGAUUGCCUUGGCUGUGCCUCUUCUUGUUUCAAAGGCUUUGGAGUUGUUCUUGCAAGAUCUUUGUGACCGGACAUACGAAAUUACUCUUCAAAGAGGAGCCAAGACAUUGAACUCUUCACAUUUAAAACAAUGUGUGAAGGCUUAUAGUGCUUAUGAUUUCUUAACUGGUGUCGUCAACAAGGUACCGAACCUUGGCAGCAUGGAACCCUCUGAAGAUGACAGGGGAAUUGGCCGUAGAAGGAAGACACUGACGGACAGGGAUGAAGCUGAGAAUGAUGUAGACCUUCAGUCGAGAGCCGCCAAGAUAGCUAUGCGAAAUGCUAAUGCUAUCACUAGAGAGCGUGGCAGAGGUAGAGGCAGAGGGAGAGGGCGACCGCCCUCAAGGCCAAGAGAAGAAAGGUAUGUGAAGUGCGAAGAUGAUGACAUUAUGUUGGAUGAUCAAGAUGAAGAGGUCCCUAUCUCGUCUCAAGGAGUAGAAAAGGAUCCUCCCUCGACUUCCAUUGCUAACGGAGCUGCAACAUCAACUGCAGCUGCAGAGACUAGGCAUGACCAGCCACUUGCUUGGCCAUUGCCUGAUGGCAUCAGCAACAUUGGUGUCGAACCAUCUAGGCUUAUACAAUUAACCAUGCGGAUAGAUGAAGAUGAAGACUAUGACAAUGAAGAUUAGAGAUUUUUUCCUUUCUAUUUACUAACAAAUCUCUUAUCUCCCUGUAAAUAAUUCUCAUCCUUAAAGAAGAUACUAGAACAGAUUUAGUUAUUUCCUACUUUGUUUCGGUUUAGUGUAAUUUGUGAAGGCACAUUAUGAGAAAGGACCGACUAUUAGUUGGCAA